AUGAAGAGUCAUCAGGAGUGGUAUAAUGAUGAUCUUGCUGCGAUCAAGGAAGUUAUGUUGGCUCUAAAAAAUAGGUGUGAAGGUGGUGAUGAUGGUGACAGGAGGAGAUAUAGACGUGCUAAAUCCAUCUACAAGAAGCAAGUUGAGUUGGCUAGGAAGGUAGCAACAGCAGCCAAAAUUGACAAUGCUCCAAACCACUGUAAGGCAGCCUGGGAUGUUAUAAAUUCUCAUCGUUCCUUGCCAGUGAGAAAAUUGGAGUUUGCGAGUCCGGAUGCAUUCAAUGAUUUCUUCAUUGAAUCAGUGAAUAGCAUUGUAGGUGAACUGCCCACUGCUGCUGCAGACCCUGCUGAACUACUGGCUGCACGAGUUCCAGCAGUGCAUGCACACCUCUCUUUCUUCCGCCCCAUCACUUCAUUGGCCCUGAGGAAGAUUGUCAAAUCAUUCAAGCCAUUGAAAAGUCCUGAUGUGUAUGGAAUGUCUGCAUUCAUGCUUCGUGAGGUGAUUGAGGAAAUUGUUGAUCCACUUGCUGUGGCAGUUAAUGAUUGCCUGAGGACUGCUAUCUUUCCAGACUUCUUGAAAACAUCUAGAACCACUCCGGUUUACAAGAAGGGUGACCACCAGAGCCUAAACAGCUACAGGCCUAUAUCCAUCACUCCAAUCUUUGGUAAGGUGGUUGAAGCAGUCAUCAAGCCCCAACUUGAGGACUUCUUUGAGAGGAAUAACCUUUUUUCAAACAUGCAAUUCGGUUUUCGCAGAGGGAGGUCUACUUUUGGUGCAGUAAAUCGGGUUGCUGAACGGAUUGGUUCAGCAUUUGAGGAUGGUGAAUCCCUAGCACUGACUCUUUGUGACCUAAGCAGAGCAUUUGACUGCGUUGACCAUGGAAUUUUGUCUGAUAAGCUCCAUUACUAUGGGAUUGUGGACUCAGCUUUGUCUCUAUUGAAUUCCUACCUGACUGGGAGGGCACAAGUGGUGUCUCUUGGAGGAGCUUCUUCCAGCCCACUUCCUGUGAAUUUUGGAGUGCCACAGGGUUCAAUACUGGGACCAAUCCUGUUUAUCAUAAUGAUAAAUGACUUGGACAACAACGGCUCGACUCUGCUAUUUGCUGAUGAUAUGUCCUUAUUGUCAUCUGGAGUGGACCUACAGCAUGUGCUAGAACUGUCAGCAGAGCAUCUCCAAUCUUCAACCUCAUGGUUCCAGGCAAAUCGCUUUCAGUUGAAUGAGAACAAGACACAAAACAUAAUCUGCAGUUUGUCUCGCAGCCUGCCAGCUGAACAGGACCCUGUAAAGCUGUUAGGGUUUGUCUUGGACUCAAAACUGAACUGGGCUAGCCACAUCCAACAAGUGACCAGGAGGCUGUCGCGAAUUUGUUUCUUGUUGCUGAAGCUGAGGGGACAUGUGACAGAGGCAUAUCUGGUAAUGACUUACCAUGCACUUUUCCACUGCCAUAUCUCCUAUGGUCUGCUCAUGUGGGGUCAUUCAGCAAGGGUGGUGGAAGUACUUAAGCUGCAGAAACGGGCUGCACGGAUUAUAACUGCUAGCGAACAUCGAGCACACUGCAAGCCCCUUUUUGUAAGACUGGGUAUUAUGACAGUUGUCAGCCACUUCCUUCUUUUCUGCCUGCUGCAUGUAAAGAAGAGUCAGCAUGGUUUGUUGACUCGGAAUGAUGUGCACCAUCACAACACUAGGCAUCGAGAGCUGUUUGACAUCCCGAGGGUACGUCUUCAGAGGUCGCAGGUGUGUUAUGGGAGUGCAGCAUUACGCUACUUCAAUAGACUGCCUGCAGGAGUGAAGCAGUUGGAUUUGCGUGAUUUUGAGAGAGUGGUGACCGGAUUUAUGAGAGUCAGAGCCUACUAUGAAGUGCGUGAAUACAUGAGUGAUGAUCUGACUCAAAUUUUAACUACUUAG